GAUACACCAACUCCAGUAGUGGUGAGUGGCGGUGGAGAGGGGGCCCGAUAUGGGAGGAGUUCUUUUUGUGUUUCCGAGAGAGGCUGCAAAGAGUAGAGGAGGACUGCUGCUCACCUGAGGUAGGUACACUCAGGUGGCAGUUGCCCUGUCGCGAGGCAUACCGUGUUGGCGGCUCUUCGGGACUUCAAUCCCCAGCUCACCGCUCCGUUCUGAACACUCCUCUCUACCCGAUGUGUGUGUACCACGUGCGCGAUGUCCUUUUCAAGUGCCGCAACCCUUAUGGCUGGACGAGUUACUGUCCAUAGAUUAACGUGAAGGGACGACUGAACCGGAAAGUAGAAUAACUUAAACUGUAUCGAGGAAUGACAAGCGAUUCUUUACAUUUGUCAAAAUACCACUGCGGCUCGAUUGAACUUUUCAGAUUAGCUAUAGUGAUGGUGUUGUCUAUGUUGAUACUGUAAUCGAAGUCAACUUGACAGUGGCUGUGUUAAUGGGAACUAGAAGCAGUGCUCAGCUGUGUAUUUAGUUUUUUUGUUUUUUUAUUUUAUCAUCCUCAGCUUCUGGAAGUUACUGUUUUUUCAAAGUGAGCUAUAUACAUCACAAUUAGAAAUUACAGUCUGGAACGUUCGAACCGAAGAACGGAUUUAAAAUGACUUUGAACCGGCCACCGUCUGGCCUCAUCCACGAUACCCAGCCACCUUCACUCAUCGACAGAUUCCUGUCAGCUGGAUUAAAUCAUAACUAGUGUUCAAGCGUUGUACACGACCCGUGUAACAAUGAUGGGGGAACUAAUUCGCGUGUCCGGAAGAGCUCCAGACGUCGCUGAAUUCCUUCGGGAAGCUAUGGUGUCCCAAAGAUUUGCCGAUGUUGCCCUCUGCUGUCCGGGUGGUCAGAGAUUUCUAGCCCACCGCCUUGUACUUUCGGCUGCCAGCCCCUACCUUCAAGAGGUCUUGCUAGCGCACAGCAAAUCGGCAGGAUUGUGCGAGCCAAUAACAGUAAUACUGGCCGAAGUGGAAGGACCUGAAUUGGCGGCAAUUUUGGGUCUGAUCUACACGGGAAACGCGGCCAUAGCGAGACCGAGAUUAGACGCGUUUUUGAGGGCGGCGCAAACGCUUCGCGUCAACCUCCCUCCGCUGCCGGAAAUGAUGACGUGCACGGAUGACUGUAAACCGGAAGAUAUAAAAGACGUGAAGUUGAACACGACUUAUCUUCAAUGUCAUCAAUACCCUCUGCUUUCGUACAGAGACUGGUUUCAGCAACACGAAACGAAUAUCCACUCGUACAACUCCUUAUACGAUGCGGGGCGUCACCGCUACGUCAAGUCCCACGAGGUUUCGGAAAACCCGAAAAUCUACCCUCCUCAAGAUUCCAAGAUAGAAACAAACCACCCAAAAAGUCCAGACGUUCGCAGUGAAAACUUCGCAUCGAAACGACCGGACAAACCAGACGCGCAACUCGAUACGAGAUACGGCUUGGACCCGAAGCUCGACCUUGAGUCAAUUCAGAAAAGGAACGGGCAAUCCGAAGUAGAGAAGAUGUCACCCGCCAUGACAGGCUCGCCGAAAGGACAUCCGGAAGCCGUUGUCAGGCCGGCGGACGGCUGUCCAGCAGAAGCGACUGCCAUGAACCUGUGCAAGAUAUCGAGGAACACUGAUGUGCACCAAGUCCUAACUGAAGUUGACGAUAAUGUCCGAGCUUCCAGGUUUGGAGAACGACUUACGGGUGUUGAAAACGUGGCGAAUUGUUCGACCAAUUAUACGACGGCAAAAGGAUCCUUCACGACAACUGACCGGCAGGUGACACGCUCAACGCAAUUGACUGACACGAGGAGAGUUUCGUUGCACGGUGAAAAAGAUAGACCAUCGUUCCCGAUGUCAGGUGAAAAAAGUCACGGAUCUCCGAGUAAAAAUUUGGAGAGCUUGUUCGAUCUCAGGGUCCCUUCGUUGCAUGAAUCCGGACAUGCGGAGUCUCCGACCAUCGGGAAGUUUGGCUACGUUCCAGGUGAACAAGGCACCGUAUGCAGAGAUGCCUGUUGCAAGUGGAGACCACCCAGGAAACACGUGGCUAAUCACGUCACGGCUUCCCCGUGGCGGCAACUGACAAGACCCCAUCAUUCCCCGAAGAUACAACCGAUAGUGAUGGUUCAGAAUCAUACUGGCAAUUGUGAGCCAAAUGGAAGAUUGCAGCGGCUCUUGUCGUCGGAGGUAACCCGAAUAGAACCAGCAAUACCUCCAGGAUGUCAGCCCGUCGUAAACGAUCAGUACCCUAGGCCGGUUGAGAGCACCAACGGGUUUCCAGCUUUUGAGGUUCCUAACACUACGAAUAUCCCGUAUCCGAACGAAAUCGAGCUGCUGCGAUUGAAAGAGAGGAAAUUGGAGGAAUUCUACAGAGCGCAAAUGCUCUUCCCUGGCCCUCAGCCAAUCAGACCGUCUCCGGUCAGUUUCGGGGUCAACCCGACUUACUACCAGAAUCAAAACUCUCCAUCUACGCUGCCGCCUCCAUGUGUUCCCAUACAUCCCACCCCAGUGCCAGGUCUCACAGCCGGGAUUCCCAUCACCCUACCAACCGUCCAACCCCGUCCAACCGUCGAAGUUAGUCAAACUUCUCUACCACCCAACGGUAAACCGGAACUAUCUCAUCCGGUCAGCCGGCUUUGCGAUUCCAUGAGGGACAACGAACCGCAAACUAAUCACUCCACAAAUUUAACCAUGAGCGUUGAAGAGGAACCACGAACCUUCUGCACUCUGGGAGAAAAGAUCAGCAAUUCGAUUGAUCAAAGUGACUCGAAUAAUAACAAUCCCUCGGUCGCUGACGGAGGACAAGGUCGCGGUAUUACGGAAUCCCAGCUUACCGUCGACGAUCACCGCUGCGAACAGUGCGGAAAAACCUUUGUCACGAGAGCCUCUUUGAAAGUUCACGCACGUACCCACUCCGGCGAGAAACCUUUCCAGUGUUCGGACUGCGGCAAGCAGUUCUCCCAGCUGCGCAACUAUAAAUAUCAUCGUAGCGUCCACGAGGGCACCAGAGAGUUCGCAGCAACUUGCCCCGAGUGCGGAAAGUACUUUAACGAUAGAGGAUACUUGAGUUCGCAUAUGAAAAUCCAUAGGAAUCGUAAGGAGUACGCGUGCGGUGAAUGCGGGAAGAGCUUCAAUCAGAGAGUGGCGUACAACAUGCACGUGAGGAUUCACACGGGCGUGAAGCCACACCAAUGUGAGCAGUGUGGCAAAGCCUUCUCGAGGAAAAUGCUAUUGAAACAACACUUGCGCACUCACUCCGGGGAGAGACCGUACCAGUGUCAAGUUUGUCACAAGGCCUUCGCCGACAGGUCCAACAUGACCUUGCACACCAGAUUGCACUCCGGACUGAAGCCUUACCAAUGCACCCUGUGCUCCAAAGCGUUCACCAAGAAGCAUCACCUCAAAACUCACCUGAAUUACCACACCGGUACCAAACCGUAUUCAUGUCCGAACUGCGGCCUCAGGUUUUCGCAGAGCAGCAACAUGCGGACGCACUUCAAAAAGUGCGCGGUAAAUAAUCCGAAUUCUAAUCAAGUCAGUCCCACCGCCGACGGAGGUGCUGGUCAAAGUUCACGGGAAAUCAAAUCAGCUCUCACUACCUUAAAUGGCGUCGAUCCAAGAACGCCAUCAGCCGAUCUUACACCGCCUAACUCUGACCAAGAAUCUAGCGUCCUAACACCGUUAUCCUCUAGGAGCUUACCGUUAGAGAUUACUUAAACGUAGUGAUUUUUGAAAACGGUGAUUGAUCUUACAUCGUGGUUUACGGUACUCCUUUGAAAUCCGCAAUCCAGUUUCAACAUCCGUCCUAAAUCAUUUUAUAGGUAUACUUGUUUGAAAAUAAUAGGAAUUGUAUGUAUAUGUAACAUACAAAAAUUAGGUAGAUAUUUCAUUAUCAUGACCGCGAGUAAUCCUACUACAUGUACGAGCGGGACAAUGAAGAGAUCGAAAUUCGAGAAUCACCUUCGAUUUCAAAUUACCGUAAGGAAGGUCAUGAGUCAUAAAUUUCGUCUCAGUGUCGCCUUCUCAACACGAUGCUCGCGUUUCUCGAUAACUCACUUUCUCACAGUUCGUAUGGUAAGAUAUCACGAUAAACUCACGCCUGCAAGCUGUGAGCAUGAUCCGAUUGAUGCAAUAUUCUUUUCUUUGAUGUGUCUUCGAAAGUCAGAUUCACAAAGUCAAAAUUAACUUUACCUAGAGAUACGUUACAAAUUUAACUAUAUCUUCAGAGUAUGAUUCACGGGUUGCGAAAAAUUUACCCGAUUCCUGCAACAUAGGAGGCUAUUUAUUAUGUAUGUCACGUUACUGGGAAUCACAAAACGUAACGAUAAUUACACAGACAUGUUCGGCACAUCGUUUCGAAUCAACGAUAUGACGAUUAUUUAAAUUAUAGAUAUAUACUAAUAUAUAUAUAUAUUACCAUGUACAGUCCGUGUAUAAGUAUAGCUGUAAGAUGUAUGAAUUGUGCAAAUUAUGUAAUAUAUUAUAUUCCAAGCAAAUUUUAAUAUAUUUCAAUCAAACCAUCCACACAGACGUUUCAUACGCAACGUU